AUGAGACCUCUGCUUGUAUACACGUCCUUCUCGCUAUCCCAACGUCUCAGAACACCAAGAAAUAAAUCUGCUGGCCAUCCAAUCCACCCCACCCCGACCUUUCCAGUCUCCUUCAACCCAUCCGUCACCGUCACCGUCACCAUCGCCCAUCCACUAGUCGUACCGAUUCCACUACCAAAACCACUACCACCACCCACCCGCCCCCAAAACUUCCUACUCCCAUCCGCCUACAUUCCUCCUCCUCCUCCUCCUCCCAACCCAAACACUACAUAA